AUGAAGAUGGCUCACUUGCCACAGAGCCUCUACUCUACCACCGCUAGACCAGAGUUUCUUCCAUAUCCUGUAAAUUCCGGUCACGGAUCACGGAAGCUGACGUGGAAUCGUUUUCCGGUGACCGUACGGUGCGCAUCGACCGAGUCGUUGACGAGUUUGACUCAGAAUGGUGCGGCGGAGAUAGAGUUGAAGUAUGUGGUGAGUCAACACGGUUGGGGAGUGAGGAGGUUGAAUAAAGAAGACGAAGAUGAGAUCAGGAGAGUGUCUCUGGUUCAAGCCGAAGCUUUUCAUAUCCCUCUCGCUCUUUUUAAUGAUUUUUUCUUUUUAUUUUUCCAGGCAGAAGUUUUGUCAGGGCUUCUCUACAAACUAAAGAAUUCACCUCCUGACAGAUAUGCAUGCCUUGUAGCAGAACAAACGAACGAAACUGAAACAUUUUCGAGCUCAAAUGUCGUCGGAGUAGUUGACGUAACAGCUCAAACGGAAAACUCGGUUCUCCGACAUUUUCCCGGCGUCGACGAAUAUCUUUACGUCUCGGGUUUAGCCGUCUCCAAAGCUCAAAGGAGAAAGAAGAUGGCAAGUACAUUGUUAAAAGCAUGUGAUGUUUUAUGUUAUUUGUGGGGUUUCAAGCUUCUUGCUUUAAGAGCUUAUGAAGACGACGCAGCCGCUAGAAAUCUCUAUUCAAACGCCGGUUACAACGUUGUCGCUGCUGACCCACCGUGGACCUCUAGUUGGAUUGGCAGAAAACGCCGCGUUCUUAUGACCAAACGCAUUUCUUAG